AUGACGACAUCACAACCAGUUUUUGCUCUAAGAGGAUUUCAAGGCUAUAGUCUUCGAGGAGAAGUAAAAGCGUCCAGUGAUUUUGUUUGGAACAUAUUCAGUUUAAAGAGCCUGGACAGAGCCCGAUUUGAAGAGACUUUGUACUGCGAAAAGAAAGAAGAUUUGCUUGUCGACUCCACAAUCAGUUGUAAGUUUUUUUCCAGUUCGGAAAAAGCUAAAGUUGAAACCGAGAAAAAAGAGAAGCAUAUCACCAAGACUGAAACAUCAGCGAGUAGUUGCAAGCCGGAGCCGAUUCGACACAAAAAGACACGAAGAGACAGGAAGUCCCCGGAUGUAAUCGAUCUUUUGUAUGACUUUCCAGGAAAGCGCAAGCCUCGCCCUAAAGGUCUUGCAGCUUAUGAGAUGGGGGACCCUCUGGGCUCCGGCGGAUUUGGAGAAGUUUUUGCCGCCAGACGAAAGAAAGACAACCUGCCGGUGGCUAUCAAGUUCGUGAACAAGAGCAGAGUCAAGAAUUAUAGAGAGAUAAACGGAAAACAGUUCCCAGCCGAAGCUUACUUUCAGCGCCACGUUCGGCACCCGAACGUGAUUCAAUUACUAGAUAUCUUCACCAACGAAGAUAACUUCGUAUUCGUGCUCGAGCGUCCUGAAGAUUCUGCAGACUUGUUCGACUACAUUGACGCCUGUGAUGGCCUGAUUGAAGACGAAGGUCGGGAGCUGUUUACUCACAUACUGGAGGCGGCGAUACAAUGUGAAGAACAAGGUGUGCUACACCAGGACAUCAAGCCAGAAAAUAUCAUCAUUGAUAUGAACAAAAUGGAGGCCAAGCUGACUGAUUUCGGUCUCGCUUGUGAUGCACAGGAUCAACCCUUCAGGCGCUUCGCAGGCACUCAGCAUUAUUGUCCCCCUGAGUUCUACUCUCAUCGUUAUUUCUAUGGUAACCACGCUACUGUUUGGCAACUAGGUUUUCUAUUGGCUGAGAUGCUGUCGGGUGAGAUGCCAUAUGUCAAGCCACGUAUGGCUCUUUACAUGCGUCCUUCCAUUCCAAAAUUCGUUUCAAAUGAGGCCCGGAGUUUGAUUUCAUGGAUGUUGUCGCGAGAUCCAGAUGAGCGCCCCACAUUACAGCAGAUCCGGUGCCAUCCAUGGAUCAACAAAUCCCGCCACCACUGAAGGCGGGGCACAUGCCAGCGGCCCACCAUCAGCCGCGCAUGUGCUGUUGCGACUGGAACCUGUGCAAAUGCUUCCUGAAGAUCAAAGCACUUUUCUUCUGCUUGCGUGCAUGCAGUUGAGGGAAGCAGUCAUCCCGAAAAAUCAAUAAGGUUCCAAGCCGUCACUGAAGCGAGAUCAACUCCAUUCUACCAGCGGUUAACCUCAACCGAGUGUGUAGUGCUCGUACGAGAAUGAAACAAUAGGAACUCAAGAUCUAAGUCGUAAGCCUGAAGGACGUUUAGAUGAGUUCCGUUUUUGACCGUCAAGAGGGACUUAAAGUCUCUACAGCUGGGCUUACGCAAGCCGAAUCAUCCGGUCCUCAUAGGGAAGCAACGGAUCACUGCAGCCAUACAUCUGAACUUGUCAUAUGUCGAUCAAAAGCUCAUCACUUGAUGGGUUGUCGACAGAAUUUGUUGACCGCGAA